AUGGCGUCCGAACAACCGAACGAAACCCCCACCAACCCCGCCAUCCCAGCGCCCUCCGCUGAAGCAGGACCUUGCGACGAAGCAGCCGCACCGUCCAAGAAAGGCGCCAAAAAAGCAGAAGCCAAAGCCAAGAAAGAAGCAGAGAAGGCCCGCAAAGCAGCUGAGCGCGAAGCUGCGGCCGCAGCAACAGCUGCCGUCGCGGCGGAGGACCAUGCAAAGGACAACUAUGGGGAGAUUACAAAGGACAAGAAGAUCGAGGCGGAGACAAUGCAUUUGAGAGACCUGGGCGAGGAGUAUAUCGGCAAGAGUAUUAAGCUGCGGGCGUGGAUUCAGAAUUCGCGGAUGCAGGGCGCGAAGAUGGCGUUUGUGGAGUUGAGGGAGGAGGGGAGCUGGACGGUGCAGGGUGUUGUUGCGGCGAGUCCGGAGGGGAAGCCUGUUAGUAGGCAGAUGGUGAAAUGGAUUGGGGGCCUGAAUUUGGAGAGUUUUGUGGCUGUUGAGGCGACGGUGCAGAAGCCGUUGGAGCCUGUGAAGAGCUGUAAGGUUAGUGGGUAUGAGUUGCAUCUUACAAAGGUGUAUCUGGUGGCUCCAGCGCCGGAGAUGUUGGGGCUUGGUCUUGCGGCUGCGAGUAGAGCUGUGGGGAAGUUGGAUGAUGAGGAGGUUGGUGAGGGUCUUGAGGCGAAGCUCGAAGGUGUGAGUAUCACAGAAACUACACCGGCAGCAAGUCUGGCAACACAUCUUAACAACCCCGCCAUGCACAAACGUGCUCCAGUCAGCCAGGCCAUCGCCGACAUUCGGAUUGCCGUCGAAGAUCUAUUCUGCGAAUACCUGAAAGAGCGCCGCUUCAAGAAGUUCCAUCCUCCGAGCUUGAUUGCUGCUGCCUCGGAGGGCGGUGCAAAUGUUUUCAGACUACCAUACUUUGAGAAGGAGUGUUUCCUGGCCCAGUCUCCUCAAUUUUAUAAGCAAUUUGAGAUUGCUGGUGGUCGAAAGCGGGUUUAUUGCGUGGGGCCGGUAUUCAGAGCUGAAAAUAGUAAUACGCCACGACACAUGACGGAGUUCAUUGGUCUUGAUCUGGAAAUGGAAAUCGAGGAACACUACCACGAGGUAAUGCACAUGCUUGAAGGCGUGCUCCUCCACAUUUUCAAAGGUCUCGCGACAAACUGCCGGGAAGAAAUUGACCUCGUCCGCACCGUUUAUCCAUCCGAAGAAUUCCUGCUCCCUGAGGGCGGCAAGGAAAUCCGUCUCACAUUCGCUGAAGGCCAGGCCCUCCUCCGCGCAGAAGGACCAUCCGAAUAUGCCAAUGUCCGCGACGACGAGGAUAUGAGCACAGCACAAGAGAAAGCCCUCGGCGCGCUUAUCCGCAAGAAAUACAACACCGAUUUCUACGUCCUAGACAAAUUCCCUACCGAUGCUAGGCCAUUCUACGCCAUGCCUGACCCGGAAAACCCUGAGGUCACAAACGCAUAUGAUUUCUUCAUGCGGGGACAGGAAAUCCUGUCUGGAGGGCAGCGUUUGCAUUUAUCCCAUGAAUUGGAGAAGACAAUCCGGUCUAAGGGCUUGGAUCCAAACCAACCUGGUCUUAAGGAGUAUUGCGAAGUUCUGAAAAGUGUGGGCUGCCCUCCUCACGGUGGUGGUGGUAUUGGACUUGACAGGGUUGUGGCUUGGUAUUUGAACUUGCCUAGUGUUCAGCUGGUUGCCGAUUAUCCUAGAACACCGAAGAGGUUGAGCCCUUAG